AUGGCUUCUCCGCCUCCCCUUCCAACGCCUGAACGCGUCCCCGGCCUGUCCUUCACCCCCCAAGACGACGAAUUGAUCACCCGCUACCUCGGCCCCAAGAUCGCCAGCCAGCCGCUCCCUGCCGGCACGGCCGAUUUCAUCCAUGAAACUGACGUAUACGCCGCCGAUCCAGCCGAUCUCUGCGCCUCCUUCCCUCCGUCGUAUUCGGGGAUCGAUGAGAGCAGCAAGAUAUGGUACUUCUUCACCUGCCCGAAGGCCAAGAACAGCCGCGGCAGUCGCAAAUCGCGGACGGUCGGGGAAAACAAAGGCACCUGGCAUUCCGAGAGCCGGAAGGACGUCUUCGCCGGGAAGGAGAAGGACCGCCUCGUCGGUUACCGUCGGAGCUUCAGCCACGAGACCAGCAGCGGCGAGAAAUCUGGGUGGCUGAUGAUGGAGUUUGGGUUCGGCGCGAAUCAAGAAGAUGGCCCGGUUGUUUGCAAGAUUUACAAGACCCCUCGUCCUGCCACGGCCGGAUGCUCAGCGCGCAAGAAGAGGAAGGCCGCGGAUCCGGCGGCACCAUCAGCGAGCGGCAAGAAGAGGAAGGCCGAGGACGAGGAGCGCUCCGAUCCGGCGGCACCAUCAGCUCGCGUGAGGCGGCGGCUCAACUUCUGUUCCCCUACUGCAACUCCUGAUGACGAUUUCUUGAACGAAACCCAGAGGCAACAAUCAGAGGCAGAAGAACUGGCACCGGCGUUCGAUCCCAUCUCGUUCUUGGCCGAUGGCCACGCCCUUUCCGCGCUGAACUGCUACGACACACCCGUCCAAGGCGACUGGCCGACUGCUCCUAAGAAUUCUGGUUCUUGGACCACCGCCGAUUCUUUGCUGCCCGUCGAGACACGGCCAGAGAAGUCGGCAUCAGCUGGAGAUUGCAGCUUCUUCUUCAACGAUCAUGCCGGUCUCGGGCUGAGCUGCCCCGGCACAACCAACAUGGCCCCCGGUGCCUAUUGGACCUCUCCGGCGGUGUCCCAACAGUAUGUCAAGCAAUCAGCCAUCGAUUGCAGUUUCUUCCAGAACAAUCAUGCCGAUUUUGCGCCGACCUGCCCUGACACAACCACGGCGUCGCAACAACAUGGCGAGAUAUACGGUUCUUGCACGAGCGGGAUGGAAUUCUUCGAGAGCUUGCCCGUCACCGGAUUCCAACACGACACGCCAUUCUACUGGCCCCGCGAGCCCUCCUCUGCUCCUACAGCCUCGUUGGCGGCGUCGACUCCGUUGCACAGCUGCGGGACGAAUUGGGCUUCUCCAAUGCUGCUGCCACUACAGGGAUGGAGGAACUCUCUCUGCUGA